CAGUGUUGCAGCAACGGGACGACGAGUUGGAGCAGUUGCGGCGCGCACUGGUUGACGAAAAGACGCUGAAGGAGCGCACCUCAGCGCUAGAGAGUCAAAUUAUACCAGACUCAUUAGCGAACUUACAGUUGGAUGGCGUGCCGAAUCCAGUGCCCACACUGGAUAUGUUCUUCGGUGGUGUUGGCGGCGCUGGAACUGAUUUCGAGACUCUAAUCAUACCACCCGUAUCUAACGAGCCUGUAGUAGAAGCGCCAAUUAUGCCCGAAAAAGCGUAUAUUUGUCAACCACAAGGCGAGCAGACUGUACACCGGGAAGCAAAAACGCCUGCAUUUGAUCUGGAUGCCGAUUGGGGUGACGCGUGGGGUGCGCAAGAAGCUGCUGCUGAAGCGGAACACUUCUCCAAGACAACGGCUGCCAGUUUAGGCGCAGCUGUGUCUUUAGUGCCGCGCGAACAACAACUGGAACUACAAUUGGCCGAGCAGGCGGAGCGCAUUGCUGAACUGCAGUUAUCGGUCGAGCGUUGCGAGCAACAAAAGCAAGAGUUACAGGUGAAAUCCGGCAAGCUAAUGAAGAAACUCAAGGAGUAUAAGACAAAGAUCGAUGAGUUGCAGAGCAGCGCGACAAAUGCGUCAGCUUCAUUCUUCGACUUGGACGCUGCCAUACAGGAUGAACUCAAGGCGCAAAUUAAGCAAUUAGAGGAGCGCUUGGAGGAAGAGCGCAAACAGCAUGAAUUGCAUGGGGUUGAGAAAGAGAAAUUGCUAAAGCGCAUCGAUGUACUGACGGCUGGCAGCGAACGCAUGGCCGAAAUGAAGGAGCGCCAAGAUAUGGAAGUGCAAAUGUAUCAGGCGAGAAUACAGGAACUGCAGGCGAAGGUGAAUAGGUUGGAAGAUUGGGGACCAGAUGCGGAGCCAAGUGCAGGAGCAGCAGAAGAAGCAACGUCGCAGCAACAGGCAGAAGCACUGUCGACUGCAAGUGUUGCCAACAACAUUCAGGUCCAGCUCUCGGCGCUUCCACCCAGCUGGGAAACAGAGAGGCAACAGCUCAACCAAACUAUCGCUGAACUUACUGCAGAAAUACAAGACAUCAAUGUGGACCGUCAAGAACUGCAAGCGCUACUGGAAGAUGAAAAAGCGAAUGCACUGCGCGCAGAGGCAGCUAAGAAGGUACUACAGCAGCAGCUAUCCGCUCGCGAUAGCGAAUCAGUGGCAAAUGCAAGCGCAGAGAAGACGAAAUACAACGACCUUAAGGCGGAGCAUCAGCAGUUGCAAGAAAAGUAUAACACUUUGCAUGCAGCCUACGAAGAGCAAACUGGGGAGUUGAAUCGCUUGAAGGUGCGCGAAGAGCAACUCAGUGCUGCCUUACAGGAGGCAGAGCGCAACUUGGCAUUGAGCCAAGCGUCGAGUGCACGAGAGGAACAACUGAAAGCAGAGCUGUCUAAGACCGAAAGCAAUUUAUCACAGGCAAAUGCUGCGCUGACACGGCUUGAAGCCGAUCUCGAUGCAGUUCAGACGCAGCUGCUGGAAUUACAAACGAGAAACGCCGAGCUAUUGCAAGCAAACGAAGAGCUGCAAAAUGCUAACGCAGCGACGGCUGUCACAGUAAAUGCAGAACUCCUCAGCAAUGAGAAUGCUCAACUGCAUGCACAAAACGAAGCCUUAGAGCAGCGCGUUAAACAGCUCGAGGAAGUUGCUGCGCACCAAGCGUUGAACUCAGCCCCAACAACUAGCUUCAACACAGCGCCAGCCAGCAGCGUCAACGUUGAUGAACUCAAUGCGCAAUUACAAGAGAAGGAAUCCGAAAUAAUGCAUUUAAAGCAGCGCAUUGAAGACUUGAUGCGCGAAGACCAAACCGAGAAGCUUGUGCUGGAGAUAUUAACAAAGAACCAGGAGAUACACAUGCUGAAGAUGCAAGUGAAAAAUCUGGAGGAUGACAAGCAAGAGCUGGCGCACAACCUCUCCGUGCAGAUUACAAGCGAGAUGCAAGCUGGCAAAGGUGACGUCGAUAGCGAGAAUACGAAGUUGCGCGAGCAAAUACAGCAACUGGAACUGCAGCUGGUAGCACUGCAGAGCGAAAAGCGCGACAUGGAGGAGGAACUAAAGGUGCUGAACAACCACGUGCUGAGCAGUCUAGAGAACGAGGACAAGCUUAAAGCGGCGGCAUUGCAACUGGAUACGCAAAACAUUGAAAUUGCCGAACUGCGACGCACAAUCGAAGCACUCAGGGCUAACGGCAGCCCUCCGGUGGCUGAAGAUGGCACACAGCCAGUGGACUACGCCGCUUUGAAUGCCCAGUGGGAGGCGAUUGUCGACCAGAAAUGUGGUGAAAUCGCUAAGAUGUGGCGUGAUCAUUUAGAGCAACGCGAGGCCGAAUUCAAAUUGGCCGAGUCGCGCUUGCGCGAGGAGUUGGCCGCCCAGCGUCAAGCGCAGUCGCACGACCAAGGUACGCAACAUGUCGUUUCCGCUGAAACUACGGCCACAUCAACCCCCGGCUCGGUAUCAACGACGCAGUCGGGCACCUCGUCGGGCGCCGCCUCCAAGGAUGGUACACCAUUGCGUCACCGCAUCAUCAACGAGGAGCACGAAGCCGAUGCUGAUGCCAUCAUUGAGAAGAUGCAAGCGGCGCUGGAAAGCCAGGAAAUGGAGAUUGUCACUCUGAAGGAACAGUUGGCAAUACGCUCAGCAGAAUAUGCGCGCUUGGCGGCGCAAUACGAUCCAUUCAAAUUACAGAACACUUCGUCCCACAGCGGCAUUAGCGGUGGCGCAACAGGUGAGCAGCGCAGAGGCGCGGCGGUAAGUGGUAAUGAUGCCUCGCUCGUGCCGAAAUCGGAACUAGAUUUCGCGUUAUAUAUGCUGCAUCAACGCGACAUGCGUUGCGAGGAAAUGACGUUGGAAUUGGUAUCGUUGCUGGAGGAGCGCGACACCUUGCAGCUGAAACUGUCGAAUACGCUGCGGCAGGUGGAAGCCCACAAAACGGCUACAAAUUACGUAGAACCUUCUAAUACGUCAACAGACAGCGCUGCGCUUGCGUCACCAACGACGGCGCCUGCCAGCCAGACGCAGCGUACAGUGGUUAGCCCAACUGCUGCUGGUUGUGACUCAGCCGAUGAAUUGAGCCAAAAAUUGUCUCAGCUGCAAACUGUCAAUCAUUCCAAGGACAAGGUGAUUAAAGAGGAACGCGAUCAACGCAUACGACAAAUGGAAAAGAUACAACAGGAUGUGGCCAAAAUGCCGCCUGCUGCUGUCUCUGAAUUAGUUGGCACGGACGCAGCUCAAACUGGCCAAUCACCAUCAUCUGUGCUACUAAACUGGCUGUGGGGCAAUAAGCCAGAUGCUGGCAAUUCAGCGCCACAUUAAAGCAAUAAAUCUACAACAACAAUAUCGA